GACGGACGUGAGGACUGCUCCUGUCUGGCUGCGCUCGCGAAGAAAUAGAACAAGCAAAAAUAGAUGAGGCAAAGGUUUCAUCGUCUCCGGUAAGGAUGUUUUCUUUAUUCCCUUGACUACUUCCGAAAGCAGCGAUUUCAGCACAUGGCAGCCAUAACGACAAAGACCUGCUCUUCCUCUUUUCCGUCUUUUCAACUUCUUCGUCAACACAGCGCUCCCAGAUUUCAACUGUCAGAUCCAAGAUGCGUCUGCCAGCCGGAGGACCAAAGAGCUCCGGCCGCAAGCACCACGCGGAGCACCACGACGAAGCGCAACCGACAAGAUCCAACACAGAGCAGAAGCGCGAGGAUGAACACAAAACUUGGAGCAGAGCGAAGGCCUUCGGCGCAUCGCACCCCCAUUUCCGUCCAACGGCGAUACCGCCGCAAGGUCAGAUACAGCCCGGUCCCGGCAAGAUCUCUCGAAGCAGCAAGGGCGACGACAAGACGUGUGCGCACUGUCCCGCCCGAAGUGGCGAUGUCGCUCAAAGCAGUGCUGCAACAUCAGACCCGGUUGCUGCGAGCCCGAGCACUGCGCCUGCAGCAGAAGCAACUUCGACGGCAAAUGGAGAAGUUGUGUCUAGCGCAGCAUCUCCCGCGAGCUCUGCACCAGCACCAGCCGGAGAGGCAGAGAUAAAGACGGCGGCUAGUCUAACAGUCUCAUCCCUGCUUUCCGCAACCUCAUCCGACGACGCAGCAGCAUCCGGAACACAUCCCAAAUUCGAUUCCGGCUCCACGCCUCCUGCUUGCCCAGGUGCGAACGCAACAGUCUUCCGCGAUGCAUCUCAGAUUGAGUACACCAUCCACUGCGGCACGGACAACACCGCGACAUCCAACGGCAAAGUCUCCAUCGUCACUGGCGGCUACGGCUCGUGCUUCUCCGCCUGCUCCUCGACCGCAGGGUGCGCGGGCUUCACUUUCGUCGGCUCGGAUAGCGGAAACUGCUAUCUCAAGGCGACUCUGCCCAAGAGCGACUUCGUGGAGAACUCUGGGAGCACCUACGUUACGUGCAACAAGGUGCAUCCGGAUGCUUUCGCGCCCCCGGCAGCACCAAGCAACACGACGACUCCGAACCCACCGACCGCAAGCGCAACUCCAAGCAGCAGCAAAAAGGCACCCAUUGGCGCAAUCGUCGGCGGCGUCAUCGGCGGUGUUCUCCUCAUCGGUCUAAUCCUAAUAAUCAUCGCCCUACUAGCGAAACGCAAGCGGAAGCAAAUCGAGCAACGCCGCGACGACCCGAUCGUCAUCACGCACCUCCCACAAGACCCAAUCGAAAUGACGACCUCGCCCGCGCAGAAUUCGUACGACGCGCAUCAGAGAUCACUGAGCACGUUCAACGACGUGUUCCAGCCGCUAGGAGGUGGCUAUCGAGAGUCUAAUAUGGGUGAAUUGCCGAUCUGGAAUCAGACGAGUCGAGGCUUUGGUACUGCUGCGCCGGCCGGCGUUCGGCCGAUGACAAUGUUCUAUCCUCAGCCAAUGGCGGAAGGAACGCCUGUCUCUACGAGUGCCUCGUCGUCUUCUGGUCCUCGCUCGCCUCGGUUCACAGAGCACCUUGCCGAGCCUGGAGGCCCGCCAGCACCAAACACAUUGGCGGGCCCUGGCGGCAUCUCAAGCGCAGCGAGCUCUCCCAGCACCGCCGCAAACAGCGCCCGACAGUACCAGCAUCGGCUAUCGCCCAGCAGCAGCUACGGCCAAACGUCGCUAAGAACGAAACUGCGAGACGAAAACCGGAUGCCGUCGAGUUACUUGCCGAAGAGUUCGCCAUCGGCAAGGAGUGGGAAUAGUGUGAGUCCGUCGUCAAGAUACGGGCAGCAGGAUGGAGGGUAUUUUUCUGUUUGAGUCGAACAGAUGGUGAUGGUUACGGGUUUCGUUUGGUGUUGGCGUUGAUAGAGUGUUUGUUUGCUCAUGCAGGGUCUCAUUUCCAUGCGUCCAUCGCUCCUUCCUGUCUUGCUCAAAAAGGAAGGAAGUGAAAAUGUUGUCAUUUCGACA